UAGUAAAGGCAGUGUUUUGUUUCACUUGUUACCAUGCUAUUCCGUCUUAGAAGAAUCACCGAAUCUGGGAAGGUGAACCUAACUGCACAAUACCAGAGUUCGAUCGAGGGAGAAGAAGGAAAUCCUGCAAUUCCAAGCGAUGGCGUCUACGUGGGCAAUAUCUGAAGGUUUGUCUGAGAAAGAACGCCGGAUUCUGGCGGCGUUCAGCACGACCGCGGCAGCCCUGUCUCUCGCGGGAUCCGCCUUCAUUGCGCUAUGCUACAUCCUCUUCAAGGAACUCCGCAAAUUCUCCUUCAAGCUUGUCUUCUUCCUCGCCCUCUCUGAUAUGUUCUGCAGCUUUUUCAGCAUAGUUGGGGACCCAUCAAAUGGAUUAUUUUGCUAUGCUCAGGACUAUAGUGCACAUUUCUUUUGCAUAGCAUCAUUUCUGUGGACUACAACAAUUGCGUUCACACUUCAUCGCACUGUUGUUAAACACAAAACUGACGUUGAAGAUUUUGGAUCUAUUUUUCAUUUGUAUGUGUGGGGAACUUCUUUUGCUAUGACCGUCUUACUUUCCAUAGGAAGUAACUAUGGGCAGUCAGGCGCUUGGUGUUUGACUGGGUCUGGAAAAAAGGAGAAGGUUGUACAUUUAAUAACAUUUUAUACUCCUUUGUGGGGUGCUAUUCUUUACAACGGGCUUACAUACUACCAAGUGAAUCGCAUGCUGAGCAAUGCAACUAGAAUGGCUGUUGGAAUUUCAGAUAGCUCUUACCGACUUGAUUCCGGGGCAGGAAGAAAGGCAGUGAAUAAGUGGGGCUACUAUCCUUUAAUUUUGAUAGGGUCUUGGACAUUUGCAACAAUUAACCGUAUAUUUGAUUUUGUUUAUCCCGAGCAUAAGAUCUUUUGGCUCUCACUUGCUGAUGUUUGGUUUGCUGGACUCAUGGGUUUGUUCAAUUCUAUUGCGUAUGGACUUAACUCAUCAGUGCGCCGGGCAAUUACAGAAAGAUUGGAUUUGUACUUACCUGAGAAGGUGAAAAGUUUGUUUCCCCAGACGCUUAAAGGUCAACAACAAGAGCAUGAACUAGUUUCAUUGAUGGUUGAGGGCCAGUAGGUAAACGGUCAGUUCUUGCUUAUUUUACAAUCAGAUGUUAUAUAUAUUUGAGCCUCCACAACUCAAAAACAAAAAGGGAAAGAGCUUAAGGCGGGCAGAAAUGGAAAAACUGCAUUCAAUUAUGUUCUGCACCAGGUUCUUUCCAUUGCUCAAUUGCCCACCAUGUGUGCACUCAUUGUAUUAAUUGAUUCAUUAUCUUGGCUUUCUUUGUUGUUGUUAUUAUUGUUCCAUCAGCCAAUUUAAGCUGUGGAAGGGUUAAAAAAAAAAAAAAGCUGUGGAAGGAUUGAUGAAUGUAUAGUAAACUCUUGAAUAACGUAUGUCAGGAAGAGGAGGUUUUUUUUUAUGAGGCACUAGUGUCAAUAAAGAUUUUAAUCAACUGAAACACCGUUGCCGGUCACCCUUUAGCCCUUAUUGAUGGGAGUUGUAGCUUUUUUUAUUUUGUAUGAAUUAGAUUAAUUAAAAUAUUUUUUUUUCCCAAAACUUCUGCUUACAUCAGUUCACUACAAGGAGCUGCAGCCAUCUUAAGUGGCUGCAAGCAAAUUGAUGCCAAUUCCAACGAGAAAAAGGACAAGUUGCUUCUUAGGUCAGUUAAGAGGAUAUGAAGGAGCAGGUAUACCAUUUACAACAAAGAAAAAAGAAAAACAGACAAGAAAAAGAAUUCUUUCAUGUUCUGUUGAGAGAAUGGAGCAUAGACAUAAACAACUACAAAUUUGUAUGGUAUCCAGUUCGUGCUUGAUACACACCUCAUCUUGUUCUGUUGUUUGAUUGUUUGAGAGCUUGGAAUCAAGAAAGCUCUCAAAUCCAUUCGCCCGGAGAAGCUUGGUGAUCUGAGAGCGCCAAAUGGAGUAAUUAUCUGCGGAGAGUUGCGUAUGGAUGUUCUUGAGAUUUGCCACGACGAACUUCAGGGAGGACAGUAUGGAGAGGUUUUCGGGAGCGACAAUGUCCUGUGUUCUCCAGGGUGACGUCUCCGAUUUCGCCAUCAAGUCUUCAGCUGCUUUGAUACCAUGUAGAAACAAGAUCUUGAUAACAGAGAAGACAAGAUGAAGGAUAGAGAGAGAAUGAGUAAGAAAAGAUUAUCUUGCAUAGAGUAGUACACGGCAUAUAUAGACAAGAGAGAGAGUAGUAAUAACAUAUACAAUAAUACAAAAUUACAGGACUGACAUGCUAGUUGUCUUUAUUAUCUUUGUGGUUUGAUGCUAUAAAUCAAGAAGUUUUGGGUUUA